UAGAAUCGAGAUCCUCGUUGUUUUUCUCAAUCGAGAGAGUUUAUUUUUCGCACAAGCGUUGACUUUCGAAGAGAAGUUUAUUGUUUAAUCGACGGCACCCGAACCGCCCGAUGUUCUCUCACUCGAAUCUCGCGAUUUGCUUCCCGUUUCUCCGAGUUUCGUCGAAAUUUCUUUAACGAGAAAAGAGCUAUUUUUACUGAAAAGGGGGGUGAAUUGGCGAAACAAAGCGCGGUGCGUGAUCGAUCUAUUCGCGACGCGGGCGAUUCGAGGAAUCGCGGAAUCGUGAGAAUUCAGCAGGAUCGCAGUUUUGCAGCGGGAUCUCAGUCUAGUUACGUCUUGUCGACUUCGCACGUCGGAAUCGCUUAUCAAUCCUCAUCAAUUAAGAGAGAGAGAGAAGCGCACAUCAAUCGGAGAGCUUCUCGCUAUAUGCGCAAUUGCGCCAGUAAACGUUCGUCAAUAGCGAUCUAUAUUCGCGCGGUUGGAUGGUCGACGCACGCAUUAUUUUUCUCUCAGAUUUCCAGUUCUCUCGGCAAAAACCGAGAGAGAAGCGCAAAUGUUUUUGCAACACAUCGUCGAUUGAUCAUCAGUGCAAUUAUCACGUAACACUACGCGUAGUUUGAGCACGUCUCUUUGUUUACCGAAUGCUAAUUUGAUUAGCAUCCGAGUGCAUUGUCGGAACUCCGAUUAAAUACUUGAGAAGAAUAAGUUUUUCAAAAGAAUGAAAAUCGUGUGCGCACUUUUUUUCACAAUCGCCGUCGGGAUUCUACUGCUGGCGAUCGGGGCGAAGUACUCGGAAGCAUGUAACGAGGCAAUCUGCGCCAGUGUCGUGAGUAAGUGCAUGCUCACGACAAGUUGCAAAUGUGACCUGAAGGAGUGCACCUGUUGCAAGGAAUGCUACAACUGCUUGAAUUAUUUGUACGACGAGUGUUGUUCGUGUGUAGAUUUAUGUCCGAAGCCAAACGUCACCGAUAACCCGUUGAGCAGAAAAUCGCACGUGGAGGACUUCAGCGAGCCGGUGCCCGCACUCUUCCAAGCGCUCACCUCCGAAGCGGAUCCUCACGAGCGAUGGCUCACUAUGACGUAUCCAGUAGACUUCGACAUGACGCAGUUUAAGUAUAUGAAAAACGCAGACGAAGAUGUGAAUUAUAAAACGAAAACCGCGAGCCAAGAGAUGGACCUCAAUACGCUCAAGCCGAACGUAGUAACAAAGAAUUGUACCGUUGCAUUUAUGGCGCAAUGUUGCUCCUGGAACAAGUGUAAAGCGGCCUGUCAGAGUAUGGGCGCCGCCAGCUUCCGGUGGUUCCACGACGGUUGCUGCGAAUGCAUAGGCGACACGUGCAUAAAUUACGGGAUCAACGAGUCGAGAUGCACACAGUGUCCAUUAGAAAAGGAGGACGACCUGAAGGACUCGUACGACGACUACGGUCAAGACGAAGACAUACUGAACGAGGAAGACAUGGAUUAGUUGUUACAUUAAGCAGUGCUUCGAUAUCGCGAAUAAACGAAAAUGAGAAGACAUCGAAGAAUUAAUUUUCGUAAGAAAUUUCUCGUCAUUGUUGUGUGAAAGCAUGAAUUUGAGAGGUGUAUACUUCGAAUUUUAUUCUUAUCAGACGAAUGUUCAAAAUUAUCAGCGCGAUUGUUAAUAAAUAAAAGUUUCUGUCGAAACUCA